AUGGGUCUUAACCUGGAAGAGAUUUAUGGCAAAGAUCUAAGCGAGGAGCCUCCCCAGGAAUACUCUGAAUAUGAACCCAAGCAGGGCUAUGGCUGGGCCAAUGCUCUACCGGAACGACAAGGACUCUACGACCCGGAAUAUGAAAAGGAUGCCUGUGGUGUAGGAUUUGCUGCUCAUAUCAAGGGCAAAGCGAGUCACAAGAUUGUGAGCGAUGCCCGCAAUCUCCUGUGUAACAUGACCCAUCGCGGAGCCGUAGGUUCUGACGCCCGAGACGGCGAUGGUGCUGGUGUGAUGACCAGCAUCCCCCACAAGUUCUUCGUGAAGAACUUCGCCCGGGAGGUUGGGGUCGAACUCCCGCCCCUGGGUCAAUAUGCAGUCGGAAACCUGUUCUUCAAACCCGACGAAGAAGCACUGAAAAAGUCGAUCGAGAGCUUUGAGGAAUUGGCGACAUCCCUCGGUUUGCGCACACUAGGAUGGCGUGAAGUCCCCCGGGAUUCGACCAUUCUAGGCCCCGCGGCUCUCUCACGAGAGCCUAUCAUCAUGCAGCCGUUUGUGGUGCUACAAUCGGCAUAUGGUGAUGGCAGCAAACCGGAGAUCACUGACAUCGAGAAGUUUGACGAACGAACCUUUGAGCUGCAGCUCUACGUGCUCCGGAAGCGCGCCACGCACGUUAUUGGUCUGGGGAACUGGUUCUACUUAUGCUCUCUCAGCAACCGAAACAUCAUUUACAAGGGCCAGCUGUCUCCCGUGCAGGUAUACACCUACUACCACGAUCUAGUCAACGUGGACUACGAGGGCCAUUUUGCUCUGGUACAUUCGCGAUUCUCCACCAACACAUUCCCCUCCUGGGACCGUGCCCAACCUUUACGGUGGGCUGCCCACAAUGGUGAAAUCAACACCCUGCGAGGUAACAAAAACUGGAUGCGCGCACGAGAGGGAGUUCUGCGAUCAGAAGUCUUCGGUGAUGAGCUGGAUCAGCUCUACCCCAUUAUCGAGGAGGGUGGUUCGGACUCGGCUGCAUUCGAUAAUGUGCUGGAGCUUCUCAUGAUCAAUGGCGUGCUGUCUCUCCCUGAGGCCGUCAUGAUCAUGAUCCCAGAGGCCUGGCAAGAUAACCCAGCGAUGGAUCCUGCCAAGUCUGCAUUCUACGAGUGGGCGGCCUGUCAGAUGGAGCCCUGGGAUGGCCCAGCCCUUUUCACUUUCUCUGAUGGACGCUACUGCGGUGCUAAUCUCGAUCGUAAUGGACUGCGCCCUUGUCGCUUCUAUGUCAUGGAUGAUGAUCGUAUCGUCUGUGCCUCUGAAGUUGGUGCUAUCGAUAUUGACCCCGAGAGAGUGGUGCAGAAGGGUCGCCUGCAGCCCGGAAAGAUGCUGCUGGUCGAUACGGUAGCUGGACGCAUCAUCGACGAUGCCGAGCUGAAGCAAACAGUCAGCCGUCGCCAGGACUUUGCCGGGUGGCUGGAUAAGGAACUUCUCAAGCUGCCUGCGAUCAACAAAUUGCUUCUUGAUUCCAAUGUCGACCUUUCGUUCGCUCUAGACGAAAACACUAUCCAAAAUGAUCCUCGCCUGAGGGCAUUUGGAUACUCCUUUGAGCAAGUCAGUCUGAUUCUUGGCCCAAUGGCUGCAGACUCAAAGGAAGCUCUUGGCUCAAUGGGUAACGACGCACCCUUGGCCUGUAUUUCUCCACAGCCCCAUCUUCUCUAUGAGUACUUCCGCCAGCUCUUUGCUCAAGUCACCAACCCACCCAUCGAUCCGAUUCGAGAGGCCGUGGUCAUGUCCCUCGAAUGCUACGUUGGUCCCCAGGGUAACCUACUGGAAAUGGAAUCUUCGCAGUGCCAUCGUCUCCUCCUACCCUCCCCUAUCCUGAGCAUCCCGGAGUUCAAUGCUCUGAAGAAUGUCAACUUGGCCCACAAGGAUUGGACCGUGUGUACUAUCGACAUCACAUUCGAAAGGAGCAAGGGCACCGCGGGUUACAUUGACGCACUGGACAGUAUUUGCGAUGCUACUACCAGCGCUAUUCAGAACGGCGACAAGGUCAUUAUUUUAUCUGACCGUGCAACAUCUGCCGAUCGUGUUCCCAUGUCUGCUUUGUUGGCUACAGGGCUGGUUCACCACCAUCUCGUCCGCAACAAGUGGAGAUCGCUGGCCGCUAUAGCGGUGGAGACGGCCGAAGCCCGUGAAGUUCAUCACCACUGUGUUCUGCUGGGAUACGGUGCUGAUGCCAUCAACCCUUACCUUGCGAUGGAAUGCAUUCUCAAGAUGAACCGCGAAAACCUGAUCCGCAAGGACACACCCGACGAGAGAGUCAUUCAGAACUAUAAGUCAUCUUGCGACGGUGGCAUCCUUAAGGUCAUGAGUAAGAUGGGUAUCUCUACUCUCCAAUCUUACAAGGGUGCUCAGAUUUUCGAGGCUCUCGGUAUUGAUGAUAGUGUCAUUGACCGUUGCUUUGCCGGCACUGCUAGUCGUAUCCGCGGUAUCACAUUUGAUCUUAUUGCCCAGGAUACUUUCGCUUUCCACGAGCGCGGGUUCCCCUCCAAUCCAAUUGUUGAAGUCCCUGGUCUCCCUGAAUCUGGCGAAUACCACUGGCGUGAUGGAGGCGAGGCUCACAUCAACGACCCCACAAGCAUUGCCAACAUCCAGGAUGCCGUCCGCACUAAGAACGACAAGUCGUAUGAAGCCUAUGCCAAGUCCGCGCACGAGCAGAUCAAGAAUUGCACCCUGCGUGGUAUGCUCGAUUUUGAUUUCGAGCAGCGAACACCCAUUCCCAUUGACCAGGUCGAGCCCUGGACCGAGAUUGUCCGCCGCUUCGUAACUGGUGCCAUGUCUUACGGAUCUAUCUCGAUGGAAUCCCACUCUACAUUGGCUAUCGCCAUGAAUCGCCUGGGAGGAAAGUCCAAUACGGGAGAAGGUGGUGAGGACGCCGAGCGCAGUAAGAAGAUGGAGAACGGUGACACCAUGCGUUCUUCCAUCAAGCAAAUUGCCUCUGGUCGCUUUGGUGUCACAUCGAACUACCUUGCUGACGCCGACGAGCUACAAAUCAAAAUGGCCCAGGGUGCGAAGCCUGGCGAGGGUGGUGAGCUUCCCGGCCAUAAAGUCGUAGGCCCCAUUGCUCGUACUCGAUUCUCCACCCCGGGUGUUGGUCUCAUCUCGCCGCCUCCUCACCACGACAUCUACUCGAUCGAAGAUCUCAAGCAGCUAAUUUACGAUCUCAAAUGCUCCAACCCCCGCGCCAGAGUCUCUGUCAAGCUUGUCUCUGAGGUUGGCGUUGGUAUCGUCGCUUCUGGUGUGGCCAAGGCGAAGGCUGAUCAUAUCUUGAUCUCUGGUCAUGAUGGUGGUACCGGUGCUUCCCGAUGGACUGGUAUCAAAUAUGCGGGUCUUCCAUGGGAGCUAGGUCUUGCCGAGACACACCAAACUCUUGUUCUAAAUGAUCUGCGAGGUCGGGUCGUUGUUCAGACUGAUGGUCAAAUCCGUACUGGAAGGGACUUGGCCAUUGCCUGUCUCCUCGGUGCCGAGGAAUAUGGCUUUGCUACAACCCCUUUGAUUGCACUUGGAUGCAUUAUGAUGAGAAAGUGCCACUUAAACACUUGUCCAGUUGGUAUUGCAACUCAGGAUCCGGAGCUGCGCAAGAAGUUCCAGGGUACGCCAGAGCAUGUGAUUAAUUUCUUCUACUAUGUCGCCAACGAGAUGCGGGCUAUCAUGGCGAAACUGGGUAUUCGCUCGGUCAAUGAGAUGGUUGGCCGUGCUGAAUUGCUCAAGGUCCGAGACGAUAUCCGAAAUGAGAAACAGGAGCGCGUUGACCUGUCACUGAUUCUAACCCCGGCCCAUUCACUUCGACCUGGAGUCGCUACCUACAAUGUUCGCAAGCAGGAUCACCGUCUCCAUGUCCGUCUGGACAACAAAUUGAUUGCCGAAUCAGAACUUGCUUUGGAGAAGGGCCUCCCUUGCCGAAUCGAGUGUGAUGUCGUCAACACUGACCGUGCCAUGGGUGCUACUCUCUCUUACCAGAUUAGCAGACGUUACGGUGAAGCUGGUCUACCACAGGACACAGUCCACGCUAACAUCAAGGGCUCUGCUGGUCAGUCCUUUGGUGCCUACCUUGCCCCUGGUGUGACUCUUGAGCUGGAGGGUGAUGCCAACGAUUAUGUUGGCAAAGGCCUUUCUGGUGGUCGUCUGAUCGUAUACCCCCCGCGUGGAGCCGCUUUCAAGGCCGAAGAGAAUGUCAUUGUCGGCAACACCUGUCUCUACGGUGCUACACGUGGAGCUUGCUACUUCCGCGGUAUGGCUGCUGAGCGUUUCGCAGUCCGUAACUCCGGUGCCACUGUCGUCGUUGAGGGUGUCGGUGACCACGGUUGCGAAUACAUGACCGGUGGCCGCGUCCUCGUUCUGGGUCCCACUGGUCGAAACUUUGCUGCUGGUAUGUCUGGUGGUAUUGCCUACAUUCUCGACAAGAACCAGGACUUCCACUCCAAGGUAAACUUGGAGAUGGUUGAAGUCUCUGGUAUUGAAGACCCAUCUGAAAUUGCCUUUGUCCGUGGUCUGAUCGAAGAUCACCAUCAUUACACCGGCUCUGAACUAGCUGCUCGAAUUCUGCUCGACUUCACCCGUGCUCUUUCGCACUUUGUCAAGGUUCUACCUAUUGACUACAAGCGUGUGAUGGAAGAGGAGGCUGCCAAGACUGAAGCUGCGAAGAAGACCGAGUUCUCUUUGCCACGCCUUCCCAGCGCGCCUGUGAAGACCGAGAAGCCCAAAGCCGAUGAUUCGCACAAAGCGGAAUUGCUUGAUAUCGAAGACAGCAUCAAUGAUUCCAAGACCGAGAAGAAGCGAUCAGCACUGAUCUUGGACAAGACCAGAGGAUUCAUGAAAUACAGCCGUCGCAGCGAAAAGUACCGCAACGCCACUACCCGUACUCGUGACUGGGGUGAGAUUUCCAACCGUCUGAGCGAGGAUGAGCUCAAGUUCCAGUCUGCUCGUUGUAUGGACUGUGGUGUUCCAUUCUGUCAAUCUGAUACAGGCUGCCCUAUCUCCAACAUCAUUCCCAAGUGGAAUGAGUUGGUAUUCCAAAACCAAUGGCAGGAUGCUCUCAACCGCCUCCUUAUGACCAACAACUUCCCCGAGUUCACUGGUCGUGUCUGCCCUGCUCCUUGUGAGGGAGCCUGUGUUUUGGGCAUUAAUGAAGACCCGGUCGGUAUCAAGUCUAUUGAAUGUGCAAUCAUCGACCGUGGAUUCGAGAUGGGCUGGAUGGUUCCCAAGCCCCCUAAAAUCCGUUCCGGAAAGACCAUUGCCAUCAUUGGAUCUGGUCCUGCUGGAAUGGCUGCUGCUGAUCAGCUCAACCGUGCCGGUCAUAGCGUCACCGUUUACGAGCGCGCUGAUCGCAUCGGCGGUCUUCUCAUGUAUGGUAUUCCCAACAUGAAGCUUGACAAGAAGGUUGUACAGCGCCGUGUUGACCUCAUGGCUGCCGAAGGGAUCAAGUUUGUCACCGGAACUGCCGUUGGUCCUGACUCUGAGGUUACUCUUCAAUCCCUUCGCUCGACCAACGACAGUGUCAUCAUCGCUACGGGUGCCACUGUCGCCCGUGAUCUCAAGGUCACUGGUCGUGAGCUAGAUGGCGUGCACUUUGCCAUGCAAUUCCUGCACAAGAACACCAAGUCUCUUCUCGACUCCGGCCUUUCGGAUGGCGAGUACAUUUCCGCCAAGGACAAGCACGUCGUUGUCAUUGGUGGUGGUGAUACUGGAAACGACUGCAUUGGUACCUCUGUCCGCCACGGUGCCAAAUCAGUCACCAACUUCGAGCUGCUGCCUCAGCCACCCUCUGAGCGUGCUAGCGACAACCCGUGGCCUCAAUGGCCUCGCAUUUACCGCAUCGACUACGGCCAUUCUGAAGUCAAGACCCACAUGGGCAAGGAUCCCCGUGAGUUCUGCGUUAUGUCAACCGAGUUUGUUGAUGAUGGAACCGGUCGUGUGAGGGGUAUCAACACCGUGCGUGUUGAGUGGACUAAGAGCGCCACUGGUGGCUGGGACAUGAAGACCGUGGAUGGAAGCGAGCAAUUCUUCCCUGCGGACCUUGUUCUUCUAUCCAUGGGUUUCCUGGGUCCGGAGGAUCGUCUCCUUGGUGAAGAAAUUGAGCGUGAUCCCCGCAAGAAUGUCAAGACUCCUCCCGGUCACUACUCAACCAACAUUCCCGGUGUCUACGCUGCUGGUGACUGUCGCCGUGGACAGUCAUUGAUUGUCUGGGGUAUCAAUGAAGGACGCCAGUGCGCUCGCGAGGUCGAUUCUUUCCUCAGCGGGACCAGCUCCCAACUCCCAGUUACCGGUGGUAUUGUCCGUCGACCUGCCAUCGACUCUGUGCCUCAGGUCACUGAGGUUAGUGCCUAA